GAAGCGCAAGACCGAUACCGGUCGUGCCAAAUCCGUUAUGGCUGGCGUCGAAGCCGCUUUGGCACUGCGUCGCAAGAUUGGAGGAAUGACGGUAUCUGGUAUCGGUGCCGUGAUGGGCGCAACGAGCAUGGAAAAGUUCGCGGAACAAGGCUUGAUGAACGCUGGCGGACUAGGCAACGUCGGGCAGAGCGCGAUCUCGAAAGCGCAAGGCGAAAUGGACCCCAUGGAGAUGCUGCAUAAGCAUUCCGGUGGCCGCAUGCUGUCGAACACGCACAACCUGCUAAGCAUGUACAAAAACCGCUUGUUGCGGGGCGAAGAGAACAUCGAGCGUCGCAUCGGUCUCCUGGAUGAUCCGGAUCAGGCAGCUAAGCGCGAACGUCUCGAGAUCCAGAUCAAGCGCCGCAAGCGUGGAGAAGACCCGUACGCGCAAGAGCGCAAAGAAGAGCGCAAGAAGAAGCGUGCCGAAAAACAGAAGGCUCGUGAAGAUCGGCGUGAAAAGCGUCGUCAGGAGAAGGAGAUGCUCGGCCAGAGCGACAACUCGGAUUCUAGCAGUUCGUCGACGGACAGUGACAGCGACUCGUUGUCCGAUUCGAAGAGCAGCUCUCGAAGUUCCUCUCGUUCUAGUCGAUCCGGAGUCCGUCAACGUGCUGGGGAUUCGUCCGACGAUGAGGCACCGUGGGAUCCGAUCGAACGUAUGCGUCGUAUGCAGGCAGCAGACGAGAUCCGUCGGAAACAAGAAGAAGACAAGGAACGCAAGCACAAGGAGGAGUUGGCGAAACUGCAAGCGGAACUCGAAAAAGAGGCUGCUCGUCUCGGCAUCACGGUUCCGGAGCUCAAGAUCAAGCAGGCUCAAGAAGCCGAGAAGGAGCGUCAGCGCAAGGCAGAGGAGAUGCAACGUCAAGCUGAGGAAGAAGAAGAAAAGCGUCGUCAGAUCUGCGAAGAGAAGGGCUGGACCAUGGAAGAACUGCUGGAACGGGAGAUCUUGGCUGCCGAACACAAGAUGACUCUGGAAGAGUUGGAGGAGGAGAUGAAAAAAGCUUCCUUUUGGAAGAAGGAGAAGAAGAAGGGCAACAAGAAGCCGUCGUUCAUGCGUGCGGAAGGCGAAGGCAGCGAAGAUUCCGAAGCAGAAUCUGCUGCGGGAGCUAAGGGCGGAAAGAACAAGCGUGCUGACUCUCGUGGUCGGGGCACGACUGCUGACGGUGCGAAGAACAAAACUGCUGAUGGCAAGCCGCGAUCGCAAUAUCGGCCAGGUGCGGAGAAGGAGGAUGACAACAACGUCGCAACCACCCUCGAUCCAGAAGAAGCCGAGAAGAUGCGUCAACGCGCUGGUGUCCCGGAAACUCCUGCAGAACCGGCAGUCCACUUUCCGGGUUGGCAGACCGUCGAAGAAGGUACGGAACGUGGAGCUUCGCAUAGUUUCCCGACGGUUGCCGGUAUCUUGGGCAAGAACACGAUCGAUGCGGACGGCAACAAGGUUGAGGAACCUCUCGGUGGCGUGAUGGACUCGAUGAAGGCUGAAGAAGCAGCUCGCGAGAAGGAAGGCAUGUACCAGGAUGAGAAGGGAGAGUGGCAUCGCGACAAGAACUGGUGGCGCAACAAGAACUCGCGUCGUCCAGCCAAGCCAGACGAAAUGCCACUCCCAUCAGAAGCUUUGAACAAGGAGAAGAAGCAGGCACCAGCUUGGUUCGGAGAGGACCGUGGCAGUGCGGAAGCCUUCUUGCACGCAGCAGCGAACAAGGCUCGCGAAGAGUUCUUGAAGCGAGCGUUGAAGUCGAUCAAGACCGGUUCGAGUGUCAACGACUUGGACUUCUCGGAUCUGAUGCGCGAUUUGGUCGGCGCAUUGGGAGGCCAAGUCCCAGGAGCGGCAAAGGACGGCGAAGAAGGCAUGUCGGAGGAAGCUGCGGCAAAGGGAGCAGCUGCUGCUUUGGGCGGAGCAGGUGGUCCGCAAGGAAAGGGCAAGAUCGAGUUCAACUUGUCGGGUAAAGCGCGUGACUACCAGUACUUCCCGGAGACGCGUGACAACGCUGGUAGCUCAGAACCAGGACAACCUGGAAGCACGUUUGCGCACUUGAUGGAACAAGCCCGGUUGGCCCGCGAAGCGCAAGAGGUGCUGCGGGAAAAACAGGAGGCGCUGAUGCACCGCUUGAACAACAAGCAGUCGCAGCAGGUUCAGCCAGGCGAGACCGAAGAGGAGGCGUUCCUGAGGCGUCAAAUCGAACAACACAUCGCGACGCAGGGUGGCAUCGCUCCUCCGGUGAUGGGCGAGGCACAACCACUGGCUCCGCAGAUGGAUCCGCACACAGCGGCGAUGCUCCAGCAGAACCCAGGCUACAUCCCGUUCGCAACCAUGACGACGCUUCCGUCUCCUGGGGACGACGCGACCAGCCCAGACCACGUAGGCCGAACUCCAGCGCAAAAGGAGGAUCCGAACUCUCUGAUGCUGUCCGACAUCAACCUCGCAUCUCUCGACACAGUUUCUCUGAUGAAGCUGCAGAGCAUCCUCGCUGGCAACACCGAAGAAUUCGGCGACUUAGAUCUCGCGGCUCUGUUCGGCAGGAAGAAGAAAAAGGGCGCCGAAAAGAAGAAAAAGAAGAAGCAAGCGUUGGCCGACGCCGCUGCGCGGGCCGUCAUGGAGUUGGACACGGUGGAUGCUGAAGGCGGUCAAGGCAUCAACAUGGACGAGUUGGACGAAGAGACACGCAAGUUGAUGGAAUCCGACUUGGUCAUCACAUCCAGCGGUCAGGGUUGGCGCCUGAAGGGCAUCAAGGGCGAAGUCGAAGAAGCAGGUGGUCAAAAUGUGGAUAUCAUUCCUCCGGAAAACGCCGAUGAGAACGUCGAGAUGGCGGAAGCGUCUGGUCUGGACGACAUGGCGGCUGCUGCGGCCGGCGAAGAGACGCGCGCUGAGAAGAAGAAGAAAAAGAAGAAGGAGCGCAAGGAAGCUGCUUUGGCAACGGUACAGGAAGAUCCAGCUGAAGACGCCGCUGAGGACGACCAACCCCGUGCAGACCUUCCUCCGCAAUCUCCGUCUGAAGAUGGCAUGGGAGGCAAUGCGGAGUUCACUUUGGACGACAUCGCCGAUGAUGCGAUGGACAAGAAGCAACUGAAGAAGGAAAAGAAGAAGAAGGACAAGUCUCUCCAAGAACGCAUCCAGGCUUUGGACGCCGAACGCAAAGCUCGUCAUGAGAAGAAGGAGCAGCAGGAAGAGGAGGACAACCUUCCGCGACCGACGACCGCCGAUCCAGUCACUGGCUACAAGCAGGACAAGCCGGCGACGGUCACCCAGUUGUACGCGGAGUCGAAGGGUGUGGUCCAUCGUCGCGGUGAUAAGAAAGACAAGAAGGACAAGGACAAAGCUGGUGAUGAUAAAUCUUCGGUGUCUCUUGGUCCCAUCUCGAUUGUGGCCUACGAGCAACGAGGUCCGCGUGAUAUGGUCUACGUCAACGAAGAGGGAGAAGGCGAUGACGAUGUGAGUCCAACGCAACACAAGGUCGGUCUCAAGUCUCGCGCAGAUGCGUCUUCUUCCAGUAAGAAGGACGUCGCCAAGCCGAAGGACGAGAUGGCAGCGAUGGUCAGCACAAAGUUGGAACAGAUGGCGUCCAAGACGAAGAGUGCUGGAGAAGCGAUCAUGGGGCUCUUCCGCUCUAAGAAGAAAGAACCAGAACAACCAGCUAAAGCAGAUAACACUUCUACCUCUACUUCUUCUAAGCGAAAAGCCGACGAAGCAGAAGAAUCUAACAAAUCUAAGAAGUCUAAGAAAAAGUCCAAAAAAGAUUCUGAAUCCGAAUCUUCGUCUUCUGACAGUGAGGAAGCAAAUCAGUCUACUUCUACAUCGAAGCGUGCGCGCUCUCCGGAAGACAAGAAAGCUGUUCCAGCGGAUGUCACUAUGAAGACCGCAAUGCCGCCACCCGCUUUGCCGCUGAAGAAGAAGAAGGUACAAUCAACGUUCACAGCUUCCAAGGACGAGCCGACACCAGCAAGCCUGAAAUCCGCCAAGUUCGACUCGACCGGCAGCAUCAAUCGUGCUCCAGUCAUCAACCCGAACCCGACGCCGAGGGCUCCUGGGGAGGAACUCACUGAAGAGGAGAAGCGCAUCCGCGAGAAGCAGAACGUCUUCUACGACGAGAAGGGCAACCCGGUGUACUUCGGGCAAGUGACAGGUAUCACCAGCAUGCUGGAUCAGGGCGCAAACAUCGGUUCCGUGAUUAUGGCGGAAGACUACGCGGCUGCGACUGAGGAAGGUCAGGUGACUGACGUGUUGCAGGAAAACAUGUCUCAAGUCGCCUCAGACAUGCUGCAACCGACGCACGACUACGCGCCGUCCGACGACAUCGCUAAUUCGUGGGCCAGCGCGUUGCCGGAAGAGCGCCAACUGCGCAUUGCGCGCGACCAGGCGCCGAAACCGAAGCCGACGUUGGCUCCGGGCCAGAAGGUGGCGAAUUUGAAGCCAGCUCAAGUGUUGUACGAUCCGGUCGGCUACCAGCUGGCUGAGGAAGCCAAGACCUUGGAACAGCAAGAAGAGGAGGCUUUGGCAGAAAUGAUGCGUCAACAACAGAUGCAAGCUCAUGAAGCGAUGAUGCUGGAACAGGCCGCGUUGGAUCAACAGAAUGCUGCGGCUGCUGCGGCAGAGGAAGAAGAAGAAGAGGAGGAUGAAGAGGCUCUGGCUGCCGAUCUUCCAGCCGACAUUCCGCAAGAACUGAGGUCCAUGAUGAUUGCGGCGCGGAAGAAGGCGAAGGCGGAUGCCAAGCCAAAAGCAAAAGCCAAGGCUACGAAGCAGGAAAAGGAAGAAGGUUCGUCUUCUUCCAGCGCAGGAGAGGACAUCAACGAAGUGAAGGCUGCCAAACUCGGCAUUGACACAACGAAGAAGAACACCGAUGCCGACGUGAAGAAGCCGGCGUACGGUUUCUCCGUUCUGCCGUCUGUCGAACGCGAGUCUUCCUCCGAAGAAUCCUCCUCCGAAUCCGACUCUGACUCUGCCGAUUCAGGCGACGAGAAGAA